UAAACUGGAGGUCAUCGAGCCUGCCCCUCCUUUUUUACAUCGUGGCUAAAAAGCCUAGAAGUUGAAACCACUGCUGCUCCGAAGCAGAGUAUCCUUUCCAUGAUGCUGCUGCUCCUGAUCCUGUUGGCCUUUCCUCUGCCCUCCAGGACCUUCAUAGCAGUGAUCAAAUGGGGCACUGAAGCCAGACCACACUCAAGACCCUACAUGGCAUUUAUAAGGUUCAUUAAUGACAACCAUUUAUGGAGACGUUGUGGAGGGUUCCUGGUGCGAGAAGACUUUGUGAUGACAGCAGCUCACUGUUAUGGAAGAAAUAUGAGUAUCAUUCUGGGAGCUCAAAAUAUCAAGAAAAAAGAAGAGACCAGGCAGGACAUCCUUGUGCUUCAAGCCUUUCCUCACCCGGAGUAUAGCAACAUUUCACGUUUCAAUGACCUCAUGUUAUUGAAGUUGAAACAGAAGGCUCACCUGAACUCAGCUGUGAAGACCAUUACCCUACCACAGAGUCAGGACUGGGUGAUGCCAAACCAGAUGUGCAGUGUAGCAGGCUGGGGAUAUUUAGCUAAUGGUAACUGUUCGGACACACUCCAGGAAGUAGAUCUGCAAGUACAGAACAAAGAGACAUGUCAGAGAAUCUACAAAUAUUAUAAUGACUCCAUCCAUCUAUGUGUGGGUAAUCCUCAGCGCAUGAAGAAAACAGAAAGGGGCGACUCUGGGGGACCCUUGGUGUGUAACAAUGUGGCCCAGGGCAUUGUCUGCCUUGGAUAUAAGAUUAAAGUUCCUACGAUCUACACAAGAAUCUCCAGCUUUCUUCCCUGGAUACAAAAAAUAAUGAAUGCAUCCUAGGAUUAUGUUGCAGAUUCCUCACCAGUGUGGAGGGAGAAUGUCAGGCUGUUAAUAAAGACCAUCUCCCAGUGGGGAGGAACUACUGUCUCUA